UACAUAUAUUUGUGUAUGAUACUUUCAGCCAAUAGAUACUUUUACAUUUUUAAAAAUGUAUCGAAUCUACUGGAAAUAACUAACCGGCAUUCCUUCCAAGGAACUUCUCUACACGAAUAGAAUAAAUUCCAAAUAAAAAAUAGAGAAUAAUGCGAAUAAGCAUCGAUGAUUUUUUAGUUUUAAUUUCCAAUAUCUUGUAAGAGGAAGAUGAAAAGUAAAGUCGGUCAACCGAUACGGUAAAAUUAUAGGAUUAAUGUUAGUAACAAGUUCGGAACCUAUUUUCAUCCGGCGGUGUUAUUUUUAUUCGACCGCGGAACGAACACAGUUUAAAAUAAACGUGCGAGUCUUCUAGUAACAUCUGGAUGUCUCUGCGUCUUUUUUAAUAUAAUGCGGAUGCAGUGCCAGCCUCAGUAUUGCAUUGGAAACUUUCAAAAGACAAACAGUCAAACUUUCGACACGCAAAUUCUUUGAUAUCUCGAACAGAAUCAUAUACACGUGUUAUAUUAUUUUACACAUCCAAGAAACAUGACAAAAACGACAAAUCUGACUGCACAGGAAUGGAAAGAGAAAGGCAACGUAGAAUUCAACAAAGGGAAUUGGUCGGAAGCUUUAAGUUGUUACACAAGUGCAUUAAAGCUUGCAAAUGAAGAUAAUUCGAAUAAAGCUAUAUAUUAUAAGAAUCGCGCUGCUACAUAUUUAAAACAGGAAGAAUAUAACAAAGCAAUUGAAGAUUGCGAUAAAGCUCUCAAAAUAUGUCCAAACGAUCCAAAAGCGUUAUUUCGCAGAUGUCAAGCAUUAGAGGCAUUAGAAAGAUACGAAGAGGCAUAUCGCGAUGCGAGAUACAUCAUCUCUGCAGAUCCUGGCAAUAAGGCGAUUCAACCUAUUGCCGCGAGAUUACACGAAAUUGUGCAGGAAAGAUAUAGACAAAACUCUCGUGUCAAUGCCAAGGUGGCACAAAUGAUGGACAUAGCUUUUGAGAUAAAAGGAGAGAAUGAAAAACGAGAGACGGCGAUGAACAAUUUGCUUGUUCUUGCACGAGAGAGAGCGGGAGCGGAAAUAAUGUUUAAUGACGGAAUAGUCUCUAAAAUAACAAAGAUACUUAAACUUGAGAAAAAUGAGGAAAUAAUAACAACUGGUGUCAGAAUUAUUGCGGAAUUAUGUCAAAAUAAUAUUGAUAGAACUGAAAAUAUUAUAAGGCAAAUUGGUAUACCAUGGUGUUUAGAACUCUUUAACAGUAAAAUUGUAGAAAGAGUAAAUGCUGCUCAAUAUUGCAUACAGACAAUACUAAACACAUAUAGUGGAAUGACUAACAAACCAGAUUCAAAACCGAACAAAGAAUUGUGUGAUAAAUACAACAAAGAAAUAGAUACUAUUCUAUCUUGUUUAUUGUACAGUGUAACAAACAGAACAAUUUCUGGAUUAGCUAGAGAUGCAAUUAUAGAACUCAUUAUGCGCAACAUUCAUUAUACUGCAUUAAAUUGGGCAGAACGUUUAAUUGAACUUCAUGGUUUACAACGUUUGAUGGAAGUAGCUAGUGAACUUGAAGAAUAUAAAUAUGAAUCGUCAAUGGAAAUUACAUCAUCUACUAGAACUGUAACAAGCGUUUGUUUGGCAAGAAUUUACGAGAAUAUGUAUUAUGAUGCAGCAAAGGAAAAGUUUAGGAGUGCUAUUGACGAAUACAUAAAAGAUAAACUACUUACACCAGAUAUAGAAUCCAAGGUUCGUGUUGUAGUUGCAAUAACAACUUUAUUGCUUGGUCCGUUAGAUGUUGGGAACACAAUAAUUGCUAAGGAAGGUAUUUUAGAAAUGAUACUCGUUAUGGCAGGCACAAACGAUGUAUUACAACAAAAAGUUGCUUGUGAAUGUAUCGUUGCUGCUGCAUCCAAAAAAGACAAAGCUACUACAAUUAUCAAUCAAGGCGUGAAUAUAUUGAAGAAGCUGUACCAAUCUAAAGAUGAUUCAAUCAGAGUGCGUGCUUUAGUAGGAUUGUGCAAAUUAGGUAGUUCAGGCGGUACAGAUGCUACAAUAAGACCAUUUGCUGAGGGAGCAACGAAAAAAUUGGCUGAAGCUUGUAGAAGAUUUUUAAUUAAUCCUAAAAAGCAAAAAGACAUGAGAAAAUGGGCAGUAGAAGGACUAUCUUAUCUCACUUUUGAUGCUGAAGUCAAAGAGAAACUAAUUGAAGAUGUUCAAGCAGUUCAAGCAAUGAUAGAACUGGCCAAAACUGGAGACCAGUCUGUAGUUUAUGGUGUCGUUACUACGUUAGUUAAUUUAUGUAAUGCUUACGACAAACAAGAACUUAUACCAGAAAUGAUUGAAUUGGCAAAAUUUGCGAAACAUCAUAUACCAGAAGAACACGAGCUAGAUGACAUAGAUUUUGUGAAUAAAAGAAUAAUUGCAUUAGCUAAAGCUGGCGUAACAUGUGCAUUAGUCGCACUUUCUAAAACAGAAAGUCAAAAUAGCAAAGAACUAAUAGCACGUGUGUUCAAUGCAAUUUGUAGUCAGCAAGAUGUACGAGGAAUUGUAGUUCAACAAGGUGGAGCAAAAGCACUUUUACCAUUGGCUUUAGAUGGCACGGAUAAAGGAAAAAAACAAGCAUCGCAAGCACUUGCGCGAUUAGGGAUUACGAUAAAUCCAGAAGUUGCAUUUCCUGGACAAAGAAUAAUGGAAGUAGUUCGACCAUUUAUAAAUCUCUUAAAUCCAGAAUGCUCUGCACUUGAAAACUUUGAAUCUUUAAUGGCCUUAUGCAACUUGGCAAAUGUUAACGACAGUGUGAGAAAACGAAUUUUGAAAGAAGGAGGUUUCCAGAAAAUUGAAGCAUACAUGUAUGAAGAUCACGAAAUGUUGCAACGUGCAUCUACGCAGGUUAUAAAUAAUUUAAUGAUGUGCGAAGAUACUGUUAAAUAUUAUGAACAAGAAAAUGAUAGAGUUAAAUAUCUAGUCAUUCUUUGCGAGAAUGAGGAUUUAGACACAAGCAUGGCAGCAUCAGGAGCCUUAGCUAUGUUAACGUCAGUUAGCAUAAAAUCUUGCAUUAAAAUAUUUGAUACAAAAGAUUGGUUAGAGUCAUUACGUUAUUUACUUGCUAAUCCAAAUUCUGAGUUACAACACAGAGGAAUUGUAAUUGUUUUAAAUAUGAUGAAAAGUACAAAAGAAGUAGCAACUAGAGUGAUCGAAACCGAUAUAAUGGAAAUUUUAAUGGCUUUGACAAAAAGUGAUACAGUACAAAAUAAAAAAAUUAAACAACUAGCAGCUGAAGCAUUAGAAGCUGCAGCAAAAUGGGAACUUAUUAGAAAAAGUGAAAACGAAGGAGAAUCACAAGGAGAAUCACAAAAUACAAACAAUUUAGAAAAUCUUGAAUAAACGUGUAUACUACUUACUUCAAUGUUUCCUACGGUGUGUAAAGAAUAACUAACAAUGAAUAUUUGUCAUACCAUAAAGUGCCUAAGAAAAGAUAAUCAAUUUAAUCUUUUGUUUAUAGCAAACAAUAUAAUAAAACAAUUUAGUACAUAAAUAUUUCAAAAAUAUUGUUAAAUUCCAA